CCUCUGGCAUGAGCAUAUAAUUGCAAACCUAUAAAUUAAUUGUGUUUUUGUCAAAACUGGCACGAACUACGAAAUGUCCUUCCAACUUUUGCGACCCAUCCUCUGCUUAAUUUUUUUCACCCCAAAAACCACAAACGGCAAUUUCCUCACGAGUAAAUUUAAAGCAGACUUGGAAACGGGUUAUUUAUGCCCUGAUAACGACAAACUCGAAGUCCCUAUCAGACUUUUCCGAAUCGAUCGUUUCAAUCGCACCCAUCGUGCCAUCUCCAUUGAUUUUACAUUCGCAAAGCCUUUGGACGAAACGGCAGAAGGUGCAAUUUUCGUGGAAAAGUACACUGAAGGAGACUGGAAAAUGCUACCGUCCUUGACGUGGCAGAAAGAUCCGUGUAACAGUAUCGGGAUGAGAUAUGGGCGGGAGAGUAUGAUCAGGACUGGGAAAGCCCUAGGGUGGAAAAAUCCAGACAAGUGCCCCAUACCGGCCGGGAAUUAUUCCAUGAUAAGGCACCCCUUUAUCACUUAUCAUGACACGCCCUUCUGGCCGGGACGGUUCAGGGUCCAGAUGGUCAUGAGGCGGAUUGCCACCAAGAGGAAAAUCUUCUGCACCAUGACCAUAAUGAACUUUGUCGAAACCGUCAAUUAAUAAUCACCAAUAAAUAAUUAUACGCUCA